CUAAGUUGAGCUCUCUCACUACCAUAACAUUACUCAAACUAAAUUCACAUCCAACAUGAAAGUCCUACUACUCCUAGCUCCAAUUUUCAUCGCCGCCGCCGCCACCAUCGCCUCAGCCUCGGCCUCCCCGGCCGACUUCAUCCGGACUAACUGCGACACGACCCUCUACCCGGACCUCUGCUACCACUCCCUAGCCGGGUACGCCAAUGCCGUACAAAGCGACCCGGCGCGGCUGGCCCGGGUUGCCGUGGGCGUGUGCCUCUCACGCGCCAAGCGCACGACCCUCUACGUGGCCAACCUGACCCGCCAGGCCGACUACUCGCCCGACCACCGCGCCGCCGCCGCCCUGCACGACUGCUCCUCCGUCCUGGGCGACGCGGUCGACCAGAUACGGGGAUCCCUCAAGCAGAUGCGGCGCCUGACCGCCCGCACCACCGAGGACCUGAGGUUCCAGCUCAGCAACGUGCAGACGUGGAUGAGCGCCGCCUUGACCAAUGAGGACACGUGCGUCGACGGCCUCGAUGACGUGGACGAUGGCCCUGUCAAGGCUGACGUGUCGGCACGGAUCCUCAAGGUCAAGGAGGUCACUAGCAAUGCGCUUGCUCUUGUUAAUAUGUUCGUUACUAAGGUCACAUCACUGCCUAAUUAAUUAAUUAUGUAUAAUUAUCAUUUUGUUAGACAAGCUAAUUAAUGUGAGUUAUCUUAAUUCCCCAUAUUCACUAAAGUGUGUUUGUAUUUAAUUAAUCUGUGCAUUAUCAUUUUGUAA